AAGCACUUAAAAAAAGAUGAAAAGAAAGACAGCUUUAUUAGUUCUCAUUUCUCUCUCUCUGGCUCUGCUGCCACACAUCGCAUCCUUGCAGAGUGUUCACAGCAUUGUAGCAGGGACUGCAUCUCAGUUUUGCAGAACAUGAGGAGCCACGACAACAACUAAGAGAACCCAUAAAAAAUUAUAAAGGAAAUAAGUAAAAGGAUGAAAUCUUUAAUUUAAUAAAUUAUUAACAGGAGGAACACAACCUUUAAAGCUUUUGAUUUGAUAUAUUAAAAAAGCAGAGAGAGACAAAGAGAGUAAAAGGGUCUCUCUUUUUAAGAGUCUUGACUCCAAUAUCCUUUUAAGUCAUUACCAAAGUUGCACUAUAAUGCAGCCAUGAAACCUCUCCUUAUUCACAAAAGCACUUGUCCUUCGAUAAAUCUUCAUUAUUGUUAUCAACAACUUCUCCUUAUUAUUAUUAGUCUUCAAGAACUCUACACUAUUCUUGUUCUUGUAGUCGUUGUUUUUGCUUAGAUAGGCUACAUAGCUAAGGCAAAAAAUGGUGGGUAUGAUAGAUCUUAACACAACUGAAGAAGACGAAACAACACCAUCUUCUGGGUCUUUAUCUUCUCCAUCAUCGUCCUCUGCUGCUUCUGCUUUAAGUGCUUCUGGUUCUGGUUCUGGGUCUGGUACUUCUCCUGUUUGUUUGGAGCUUUGGCAUGCUUGUGCUGGCCCACUAAUAUCUUUACCAAAGAGAGGGAGUAUUGUUGUGUAUGUCCCUCAAGGUCACUUAGAGCAACUCCCUGAUUUGCCUCUUGGGAUUUAUGAUCUCCCUCCUCAUGUCUUCUGUAGGGUUGUUGAUGUCAAGCUCCAUGCAGAGGCAGCAAGUGAUGAUGUUUAUGCACAGGUUUCUCUGCUUCCUGAGAGUGAGGAAAUUGAGCAGAAGUUGAGGGAGGGGGUAUUUGAGGGGGAUGGUGAAGAGGAGGAUGUUGAAGCCACAGUGAAGACAACAACGCCGCAUAUGUUCUGCAAGACACUAACUGCUUCUGAUACCAGCACUCAUGGAGGCUUCUCAGUCCCUCGUCGAGCUGCUGAGGACUGCUUCCCUCCUCUGGAUUAUACUCAACAAAGGCCUUCGCAAGAGCUUGUAGCAAAGGAUCUGCAUGGCUCUGAGUGGAAGUUUCGGCAUAUCUACAGGGGUCAACCUCGGAGGCAUUUGCUCACUACUGGAUGGAGUGCGUUUGUCAAUAAGAAAAAACUUGUCUCUGGGGAUGCUGUGCUCUUUCUCAGGGGUGAGGAUGGAGAAUUGAGACUGGGAGUUCGAAGAGCAGCACAAGUUAAAUGUGGUCCUACUUUUCCGGCUCUUUGGAAUCAGCAGUUGAAUCAGAGUUCUCUUGCGGAUGUAGCUAAUGCUAUUUCUAUGAGAAGUGCUUUCCGCAUUUACUACAAUCCAAGGGCCAGCUCAUCAGAGUUCAUUAUACCUUUCAAUAAGUUCUUGAAGAGCCUUGAUCAAUCCUUUUCUGCUGGAAUGAGGGUCAAAAUGCGUUUUGAAACUGAAGAUGCAGCAGAAAGAAGAUAUACUGGACUAAUAACUGGAAUCAGUGAGCUAGAUCCUACUAGAUGGCCUGGUUCAAAAUGGAAAUGUCUAUUGGUAAGGUGGGAUGAUAUGGAGGCUAAUAGACACAGCAGGGUCUCUCCUUGGGAAGUUGAGCCGUCUGGUUCUGGUUCUGGUUCUAUUUCUAGUUCCAAUAACUUUAUGGCACCUGGUUUGAAGAGAAGCAGGUCUGGAUUGCCUUCAUUGAAGGCAGAAUUUCCAAUCCCUGAUGGGAUUGGAGCAUCAGACUUUAGGGAAUCUUCAAGGUUCCAGGAGGUCUUGCAAGGUCAAGAAAUUAUGAGUUUCAAUACUCAUUAUGAUGAUGUUGAUGGUCAAAAUCAGCACCCAUCUGAAAUAAGGAGUCAGUUUCCUGGUUCACAUGGAUCUGGGAUUGCUGCAAUAGGAAGUGGUAUCAGAGGCUCAAUUCCCACUUCUGAAAAUUCCUUUAACGGCAUGGGCUUUAAUGAAUCUUAUAGAUUCCAUAAGGUCUUGCAAGGUCAAGAAAUAUUUCCUCGUUCACCAUAUAGAAGAAUUCCAAAUGCUAACAAGGCUCGUGAAAAUUGUGUUCUUGGACUCUCUGAUGGUGUUCAAAGGUCAAGCUCAAGAAAUGGAUGGUCGAACAUGAUGCAGGGCUAUAAUACUCAAAUGCGACCUCCUACACAAGUAUCAUCACCAUCAUCAGUGUUGAUGUUUCAGCAUGCUAGCAAUCAAGUUUCAAACCCAACUUCCAUUUUUAAUUCCAGUGAUCACGAGGAGCAGACAACUAACACUCAAAGAUGGUUUUAUCCCGAAACACAUGGGGGAAAAUUCAAGCUGUCCUCACAUUCUGACCCUGGUCUAAGAGGAGACAGCCAAUGCAGCACGAAUCCUUAUGUUCUUUCCCACGAGCAUCUUCAGCAUGACAUUUCACAACCUGUUGUAGCUCAAUCAGCCUUUAGGAGCAGUCAAGAUAUGGUGUCGUGCAAAAGCAGCUGCAGACUCUUUGGUUUCUCAUUGACUGAAGAUAGACAUGUUGUCAACAAGGAAGACAAUAUUGCUUCAAUAACAUCUCCAUUGAAUCCUGAAUCCUCUUUCCUGCCUCGUGUUGGAGAACAGCUCCAUCCAAAGCCUCCAACAAUAAACAAUGCAGUUGGGAGCAGUUGUACCAAAGCAAUUCUGCAACAUCAUGCUGAAAAUUAUCGUAUAUACUAAUGAAGACCCUGUUGAUGCAUCUGAGGCUACGCAAGGGAAUGCCUCCAGUUGCUUGGAUUCAUAUGUAUUAGCUUGUGUGAAAGAACGUAACUAAUCUCCCAAGGCAACUCGGUUAUAUCCUAACUCCGUUGACUAUGUGACCGAUUCUGUUUGUACUUUGUACUAAUAUAUUAGGUUUCCUAUGAUAACCCUCCUUCAAGAAUGAUCUAUUCAUACUUGUUUGGCUCAGUCCAAUUUGGACCCAAUUGUUGUUGUAAUGGCGCCUGAUACGUUACAAGGUUGUUAUCGCUCAAUAUAUUUUCUUCUAUGCAUGCGAGCCUACUAGAUUUUGAAUUA